AUGAUAUCGUCUUAUUUACGGCCACACUAUUUACUUCACUGGCCAACCAUCCUGCUGCCCACCCGCGAUACUAUCAUCGGUUUGCUCGAUGCUAUAGAGACUCUUACUGGUCACUCUUCAAGCAUUGCAGAACGUCUAUCGUGGACAAAACGUCGACUCAAUAAUCAGGGCGAUCAAUACGACCUCCGUAGUCAUCUCGCGGCCAGGCAUCGGGAAGUGGGGCCAUCGACAGAGAGCCAGUCCCUCCUGGAACGGUUCCUUCACCAACGUGAGCCACCGGAAUGGGAUGUCGAGCCUGUGGAUGAAGAGGAAGCCGAGGACACGGAGGAAACGGCGGAAGAAGACAACUCCUCUUCAGGAGAGGAUAAUGAUCUGGAAGAUGUUGGCCUGAAUGACUUAGGAUCGUAUAUUGGAUUUGUUGGCUAA